AUGUGUGUGUGUUGUCAUUAUUAUUAUCCAGUCUGCUCCCAGCUCAGAAUGGCCAGAUUCACUCAGACUGAGACAAGAAGGGAGCAGCACCCACAGCCGCCCCAUCCCGCUUACUCCAGCCUGCUUUUCACUGGACCCGGGGCAGCACCGACCCAACAUCCACUCCUCCUAAUCCCGCACCAGCACCAGUACGCUCAGAUCCCAUUUCCUAAACCCAUGAACGGGUCAGAAUCCAUCUCCAUUCAUCCGGAGAACGGCACCAUGAAAGACCAAGAUGCCAUAAAACUCUUUAUCGGGCAAAUACCGCGGAACCUUGAGGAAAAAGACCUGAAACCAUUAUUCGAGCAGUUUGGGAAAAUCCACGAAUUGACAGUAUUAAAGGACCGAUACACCGGCAUGCACAAAGGCUGCGCGUUCCUCACCUACUGCGCCCGCGAGUCGGCCAUCAAAGCCCAGAACGCACUCCAUGAACAGAAGACACUGCCGGGGAUGACUCGACCCAUCCAGGUGAAGCCAGCUGACAGCGAGAGCCGUGGAGAAGACAGGAAGCUGUUCGUCGGGAUGCUGAACAAACAGCAGACGGAGGAGGACGUGUACCGUCUUUUUGAGCCCUACGGAGUCAUCGAGGAGUGCACUGUGCUUAGAGGUCCCGACGGAAAUAGCAAAGGCUGUGCUUUUGUAAAGUUCUCCACACAUGCUGAAGCUCAGUCCGCAAUCAGCGCUCUGCACGGCAGUCAAACCAUGCCUGGCGCAUCGUCCAGCCUGGUGGUCAAGUUUGCCGACACGGACAAGGAGCGCACCAUCCGCCGCAUGCAGCAGAUGGUGGGCCAGUUUGGCAUCUUCAACCCCGCCAUCGCCCUGCCCUUCAGCACCUACAGCACCUACGCACAUGCGCUGAUGCAACAGCAGGCGGCUCUCAUGGCUGCCAGUCACGGAGGAUACCUGGCGCCCAGCGUGGCCUUUCCCACCACCCAGAUCCAUCAGAUGGGGGCGCUCAAUAUCAACAGCCUGCCGCCCACCCCAAUGACCCCGGUGUCGGGUGAGUUUCAUCAGACACUGGCAGGACUCAGCUCACCGCCUGCCAACAUCACCACAUCAGCCGUUCCCAGCAUCGUCACUCCUAUCGUCAACGGCUUUACCAGCAUCCCUCACCAGCCCAACGGUCACCCUGCAGUGGAGGCCGUGUACACCAAUGGUCUGCCCCCGUACUCCACCCAAAGCCCCACGGCUGCCGACACCCUACAGCAGGCCUUCACCGGGGUGCAGCAAUAUACAGCCAUCUACCCAGCUACCACACUGACCCCUAUUGGCCAAAGCUUGCCACAGCCACCACAAGUCAUUCAGCAGCAGCAGCAGAGAGAAGGUGAGGGACCAGAGGGCUGUAACCUCUUCAUCUAUCAUCUACCACAAGAGUUUGGUGACAAUGAGCUUAUGCAGAUGUUCCUUCCAUUUGGUACAGUCAUCUCCUCAAAGGUCUUCAUGGACAGAGCCACCAACCAGAGCAAGUGUUUCGGCUUUGUGAGCUUUGAUAACCCUGCAAGUGCACAAGCUGCAAUCCAGGCCAUGAAUGGUUUUCAGAUUGGCAUGAAGAGGUUGAAAGUGCAGUUAAAACGGCCGAAGGAUGCGAGCCGCCCAUACUGACAGGGCCCAACACACACUGGGCUCUCAGCAACAGCACAGGAUUUGAAGAGAUUCACAGGAUUUGAAUUCAAAAGGAAUUUAACUUUUUCUUUUAAAACAAACAAGAAUGGAUUUUUUUGAAGACAUAUCAGUAUUUAUUUUCCGAAGACGUUCAGUACAGAGGAGGGUUGCGGGUGAACCGACACCAGUGGACAAAACCACACUCGGCACAGCACGGCAUGAAAGACAAGAGGAAAGAUCUCUCUAAAGACAGAGAACUCGACACGUCCUGUCUCUCGCUGAGCUUCGAACCGUCAGUCAAGCAACAAACUAAAAGAAAAAAAGAAAAAAGAAAAAAAAAACACGAGCGAGAACAACUUCGAUUUCUAUAUACAUAUUAUACACACAUAUGCUAUUUAAAAGAAGAGGCGCUUAUGGCUUUUAUUACACUGGACAAAUGAGGGUUAAACUUGAAGACCAAGGAAAAAUGCAGUGGAAAAAAAGAAGCUCUUCUUGUCCCGCUAGUGGACUUUCUUUCUCUUUCCCUCUUUUCUUCUGUCACCGUCUUUCAGCAAACGCAGGACAUUCUGUGGUCACAGAGGUUUCCAUGCCCUCAGUGAAACUGAUAAAUCUUUCACCCCAAAGGGACCAAAGGACCAAACAUUUUUAUUCCUCAACAGAAAUAUAUGGUAUUAAUAACAAUACUAAUACUACAAACUACUACUAACGACAUACGUUUAAAGAGAAAAAAAAAAAAGCAUACAUUUUUGCUUCAGGUCGGAAGAGGAAAGGGACUUUGAUUUCUUUUCCUUUUACAUUUAUAGCUACUGGGUUUCAGAAUAUUUAAAAAUAGAAAAAAAAAGUAUUUUAAAAGCUAUACUAUUUUAGUGGAGUAGAAUAUGUGGAUUGGAGAUUGUUAGGAGCAUGUUCAGACAUUUUCAUUCAUGAAGAGAAAAAAAAAAACAAGUGAGGGAACGGACCAUUAACCAUUGUCAUUUAUUUAUUUAUUCUUUUGCUAAACUGUCCCACAUUCCAGAGAACAAAUGCUGAGUAUAACUAUAUAUGCAUGUGCGAAACGAAGUUCGAACACUUAAACAUAUUUAUCCGAUGAAAGCUUUACUUAUCAAGCAGAAUAAGUACUUGUGGCUUCAACUAUCCGCAAUAUUAACAGCUGUACUAUACAGUUUGGCAAUGAUGGAAAAUGUUUUGUUUUUUUGCGUUGAUCUACGAUCAUGUUUUGUGAAGUAUCGCCCAAAUAUACCUUUACGAGGGACCAGCAGAUCUUUCAUAUCAUUCAUUUUAUGCAUCUUUCUCAUCAAACAGUCAGUGCCAAAUGCUGAAUAUCACCCGAUAAAGCACAUUGGUAUAUAAACCAAGCCUUAAACCUGAACACAACCCACGAAACGUCCAAGCAGACGCUUACAACAAAUCUCCUGAAAGGACUUGUUCUUAACGCUUACAAGCACAUCAGAAUUUUACAGGGACCAUCUUUGGAGCAUCAAAAUAAUAAGCGAAUUUAACUUCGGAAAACUUGCACAAUCAAUCAACGCUGAUGUUUUCAGAGUUCAUUUUGCUCAUAAAUGAGUUUAAGAUAUAGACGGCAUGACUCACCCGAUCCACAAAUAACACAUAUUUCUAAGAAUACACUUCUCAGGCUGGAUAUGGAUUAGCUUGACGCUAACUGUCUGCAAAGGUCUAAUGAGCAGCCUGUAAAGAGCUCACCAACAGCUUGCAAAUAGCAGCCAUGGGGGGUUACAGUGGGAGCAAACUGAUCCAUCAAUAAAAAAGCCACCCAGUCUGACAUUAUGGUGUACUUAACCGCAGCUGUUACGUUGCUUUCAGACAAGUCGCAAAUAUACACAACUCUGAAGCACUUGACAAGAAUCUUAAAGACCUCGUGAAAUCAAAAUUGGCAUUUUGCAGCGUUACAUUUGUGUUUGCAAUGAGGCUAAUGAUAGUUGACAAAAUGAGCACUGACUACAAUGUUUUGUCCAAUCAUGCUAGUGGUUAUUUCAAAACUGUGGCUUAUGUGUUAGCUUUGAAGCUAAUGUUAGCUGACAAAAACAAAGGCCAAUUGUAACUUUUUGAUUUAGUGGCUAAUUCACAUAUUUUGUACAAUCUCACGUACAUUUUAAUGUGAUUUGCUCAUCCCCCAAUGAGGGAUAGGGUUAGGUGUGCGGUUUAUGGGUUUGUAAUUGUAUGAAUUAUAAAAAAUAGCCACUUACUAACAAUUCGUAAAAUAGUUACGUUUCCUUGUGAGAUUGGACAUACACAUUCUUUUGGAAAUGGACAAAGUGGAUUUUUUGUCUCGAAAUGGACAAAAAACUCGAAAUGUCUCUUAAAAAACUGGUGUGAUACUUAGUUUGCAAGUCAGAUCUGAGGAUAAUGCUAGCUGACAAGGGAGCUAAUAAUAUGAUUGAGCAUGGCCAGUUUCUCAUCCGUAAUCAGUAAUAAUCCAAUCAGAUUGAUCAAAGCGUACAAUAAAUAUACAGAUUUUACUGCCUCAUCUUUGUUUUGGAAGAAUCCCCCCUUCCACCCCAUCUCCUCCUUUUCCUCCCUUUUCUAAGGGGAGCUCUCGAGACCUACCUUACUCACUUUAUAUGCUUAUUGACCAGGCGGGAGCCUUGGGCUUAAUUAUCUCCGAGCUGAGGGUUCUCUCCCGGGAGAGCAUGCCAAACUUGCUAUUAACGCCAAUCAUAUCUAAGUGUGAACUCUUGAAAUGUUUAAAAAAAUAGACCAAAAUAUUUUUUGUUGUAUAGUGAAUUCUUCUUGAAAUUUAGCUGUUUCUAAAUUAUAAUAUGGCUCAUACUUUGUUUGUUAGCUCUAAGGCUAAUGCUAGCUGACACAUCUGAUGAUUAGGUGUGUCCCAAAUCGCAUACUUAUGCACUAUUCUACGCCAUUUUGUAGUAUAAAUAGUGUAAGUAGUGCAUUCACAAUGAAAACUCUAAAAAGAAUAAGUGCUCUUUAAAUACCCGGAUGAUGCACUUAUUCAACCGUUUCACACACUCAACGGCCGCUGGUUUGCUCACGUAGCUGUAGGGGUGGAGCUUUUUUCUCCUACAGAGAAAAUUCUCCACAAGAGUGAAUAUAGCGCCUCCCGAUGGUGAAUGUGGUUACUUAUUUGCUAAUUUGGCAACCGUCAAAUGUCAUCUGGGAAACAGUUUGAAUUUCUGCUUAAUAAAAAAAACGGUAGUGAUCCAUUUGGAAUAGCACUACAUUCAUAUACUAUGCUGUUGAGUGUGCAAGUGCAUAAGUACAAAGUGCAGUAGUGUAUAUUGUGCCAUUUCGGACGCAGCUAUUGUUUGUUAGCUUUGAUGCUAAUUUAAGUGGUUUAAAGCGAUAUUGGAAAAUAAGGCAAAUAUACCGACCACUACAAGCUCUUGUCCGAGUGCAAAGCAAAUAUUUUUACUGAAAAUAUCUUCAAAAUGUAUAGUCUUAACGACUUGUUUAUAAUGCUGUAUUUUCACAAUGUGUUUUUGUUUUUAUCACAUUAAAUUUAAUCCGUACCAAUUUGAAGUAGAACAUUUUUGAUAAAAAUGUGGAUGUGACUAAUGACUAGUCUAGUCUAGACUAAUGACUAUUGGCUAUUACAUAAAAUGUCCCAAUUUCAAAUAGAAAUGACUCAAUGCUGUACUCAUUAAACAAUUUCAGGGGGUCUUUAACAACUAAAAGGACAGUAUUAUUGAAAAAUUCCUAUGCAUUUAAAGUUCUCGUUUGCCUUUUCCGUAGAUUUUGACAUUCCAUCCAUGCUGCCGUUACUGUACUCUCGUUGACUCCGCACUGCCUUCAUAGAAAUACCAAAACGAAAGAUAAUAUAGCAAACAGAAGCGCAACAAGUUCCGAAUUCACAAACAAACACAACUAACUGCGAAUAAAACAAAGCUCCAGAAUCUAGGUAGGACAGAAAAGCACAUAUUUCGACCUCAUUUGAUUUCCGCUGUGGAUUUAUUUGACCUGUUUGUCUUACCUAAAAAUAUAUCGGUAUGUUAAAUGUUUAAUCUGGCCUGGCGUCAGAAAUCAAGUUCCGACGUCGCCCAUAUAUAUCACAGCCGUUUUUUUAGCCUCAGGUCCCGCCGAAAUGGAUCGCAUUCGAUUCACAGGUUAUAAUGGCCUUUUUCUGCUGAACUCCCUCCAUUUCAUCUCGCCUCUCCUGUCCUGUGGUGGCAUAUCUGAAUGUGGUGAUAUACAGACAUGCAGCCUUCGGGCAUCGGCGCUCUAAUAACCUCAUGUUGCAGGGGCCUUCCUUGCAGAAUCUCUCCAUGCCAGAUGUGAAUUAUUAAAAUCAAAUUAAAUUUGGCCUGCAUGUAAAAGCAAGUGUAAUACAAAUUAAAAAUGGCAACUAGUGCCUGAAGUUUAAUAAGUUUGAAGGAUGAUAUCAUUACAGCUUGAAAGAGAAAAAAUGAGAUUGGAAAGGCAUAGAAAAUGAAAGGUGAACCGACGGCGUUAAUACAAAUUGCAUCUUUUUUUUUGUGUGUGUGUGUGCGCGCUUGAGGAACGAAGGAGGAUACAUUUUGCACUACAGGUAUUUCUGAAGAAACUAGACCACCAGCAUUUCAUUUUUGCGUUCUUCUCAUUCAGUCCACGUUCACGUUUGGUUCCUCAGAGAUCUUCAUGCCGAACUUUGAUCUAUGAGCAUGCUCAAAAGGGGGGAAAAGGGUGGGAAAGCUUCUGGGGGUUAAAGUGUUAUAAAGGUACUACUCAUAUUAACAAUAUGAUUCUUUAACUAUGGUUUGUAUGCUAAGGAAAGUAGCUUAUUAUAGAUAUGAUAUCUGUAUAUUAGGGAAGAGCAGCACAUUUCUCAGAUUCUAUGAGGGGUAGU